AAUACUGACUUUUCAAGUGUAGAUUGUAAAUAAAGUGUCGAAUUGAUUAAUACCUAAACGAUUUGUUAAUGUUUUGUUGCUUACUUGUUCAUUUAAAAAUAUGUUUUUUUAGUACUUUAGGGAUUAAUAUUCUUUUCAUUUUGAAUAUGUUUGAAAUAUCUAGAUCUCAUUCUUUUUUUUUGUUUUUUCAAGUCUUAAACAUUUUUUAGAAUUUAUGUAUGUCUUCGACACAAUAUUAACUAUAUAGUAACUUUGAUGAAUAAUGAACUGCUCUAAGAAAAGUCCUCGUAAGACUGAAUAAAUUAAAAAGAAGAAUACAAUUCAAGACACUAUGACCUCUCUCUAAUUGAAAAUCCAAAAUGAAUUUGCUGCGCCAGUUAGUCACAGCGUGGGAUCUCUCUCCAGCUGCAAAAUGCUAUCAACACAGUAUAUAAUGAUUCUGGUAAUGGUGCGGAACAUCUUGUUUUUAGUGUUAGGCAUAAUUAUAGGCGUACGACUCACGGAUUUUGUAGGCUACCUGAAGCUGUGGAGGGAUAACGACAUAAAGGCGAGUGAAAAGGCGGCGCUGCUGAAGUAUCCGGUGGCCACGGAGGAGCACCUGGCCAUCUGGCUGAGGCGGGAGGUGCGAAUCCUGUGCCUGGUGCUCACCAUGCCAUCUUCGCACAGCACGAAGGCAGCUCGUGUGAAUCGUACGUGGGGAGCACGUUGCAACAAACUCAUCUUCAUGAGCACCAAAACGGAUCCCCAUCUGAAUAUUCUCAAGAUUAACAUAUCCGAAUCUCGGAAUAAUCUGUAUGCCAAAGUACGCACAGGGAUGGGGUAUGUCCACAAGCAUCACUUAAAUGAGUACGACUGGUUUCUGAAGGCCGAUGAUGACACUUAUGUUGUAAUGGAGAACUUGCGUCUGUUCCUCUACCCCUAUGAUCCCGAAUCGUCUGUUUACUUUGGCUGUCGCUUCAAAUCGUCCUACUCCCAGGGUUACAUGUCCGGUGGCGGAGGAUAUGUGCUGAGCAGGGACGCCCUGCGUCGUCUGAACUUAUUCGCCCUGAACAGCACCACCACCUGCAAACUGAACGGCGAUUCCGAGGACGUUCAGAUUGGACAUUGCCUGCAGGACGUGGGUGUAGUAGCCGGAGAUACGCGGGACUUUCAAGGACAUCACCGCUUCCUGCCCGUCAGUCCGUGGACUUUAAUUCCCUUCAUCCCAUAUGGUUCCUGGAUGGAUAGCUACUUCUUCCAUCAGCCAAAUAGAAGCGAUUGCUGCUCUGCAUCGGCUAUAACCUUUCAUUAUGUCAAAGACAUCGAGUUUGAGUUCUUUGAAUUCUUUUUGUACUACCUGAGGGUCUUCGGACUGCAUAGGACACAAAGGGCACUUCCUUCGCGUUUGGGCUUCAGGCAGAUGAACGAGCGUCUGCAAUAUUGGGCCCAUCAAGUCGCCGACCACAAAGGAUAACUUAACAUAUCAGAGAUGAUCCUGCCAAUCAACACUUUACCAAGCAUCAAGAUUUUAACCAUUAGCACAAUUAAAUUAAUAUUAUUUUUGAACCACCCUUCGUAUUGUAUUUAAUUGAAAAUAUGUAUAUUUUUAAUCUCUCGUCAAAAAUAUCAGUUAUUUUAGAAUUCAUUAAUUAUUAUUUAUA